AUGGUCGCUUUAAGGACCAGUUUUCUCAAUGGAUCGAAAAUUAAAGCGGUGCGGUAUCAUACGAUUUUACGGCCUAUACUUCAGCAGCGCUUUUUACGCGCUUCUUUGGCAUUGUAUUGUUUGUGCUGUGUAACAUCAUAUUGGCUCGCGUCUGGCUCCAUUUUUUCCCUGAAACUGAUUCUUGGAAGUUUCUUAAAGGGCAUGCUAUGUUUUCUAUUUGUGUUUCCAUACUUUGUCAUGCUAAAAAGCAGAAUGACUACCACCAGAGACGUUCAUAGCUCAUUGGCAAAAGAAAUUAUGAUAAAAUUCUCGCCAAAGUCAUUUUUUCCUGUGUAUAUUUCGUUUCUCGUUUCCGUGGGCAUACUCGCGCUUGCAUAUGUCCAAGGUCACUCUUCUUCUUCUCGUUUACAGUGGGUAACGACCGCGCGAACAUACGAACUACCAAGACUCAAUGAACGAUUCGUUUACAUGAUGUUUGUAGCUACAACGAUGGCAUUCUCCUCUGCUUGUGAGCAUCUCUACUUUGACCGCGAUACACCCGAGCAGCCGGUCCUUCAAAUACCAUUUAUAGUUUACGUUAAAGAGAGAAUUCCUUCAAUCUUCCGAUAUUCCAUUAUCAAGUCUUUAGUAUGCGGCUUUGCUUCCCCUAUUAUUUAUGCGAUCUUUCGACCUUCUAUUUGGAGAAUCGUUUUACUUUUUACUAAAUGCUUUCAUAGACUCGCGGCUUCUAAAGCACUUGCCCGUUGGCCGGUAAAUUUUGGUCUAUUGUUUCACAGCUUGUGGAUGACCUUUCUUAUAAAUAUUUCAUUAAACAUGGCUCUUUUGAUUUUCCGCGUCUUUUUAUAUGCUGGACCCGUUGUUCGUUCUCGCUUUAUCAGUAUGCGCUCCAAUGAUCCUAACGGGACCUUGUUGGAUGGAAUCAAAACGAAAAAUAAACCUUUGACUCAAUGUAUCGCUUCACAGGAGUUGUUUCUCAUUUGCUCCAAAGAUCCAAAGCGAAUUCAAGGCAUCCUUCAAGAUAUUGAUAGGAAGACCAGCGUAUGGCAAGAAAUUUUGAAUAAUACGUUAGUGUUGUGUGAAAAUCUCUCUACUUCUCUGCAACUGUCUUCCGCUGGUAGAAAAUCUAGUGCUGUUGAGAGUGCCCAAUCAAGCUCAAAAUUGGGAAGCAAUUCUACAGACGAAUCAUUUAAUGCGAUUCCAUUAAAAGAAGCAAAUAUCUUUGCAAGGGGUGCAUCUCAUCGUUCCCGAAUUUUAGAAAAGGUAAAAGAGCACGGAAACUUCAGCUCACCUGAUGCCUCGCAAAAUUCCUUCCUUGAGUCGUUAAUACCGGCUUCCCUUCGUAAAAAAUUUUCUCAAUAUCUUUCCGUUGUUUACAAAACUUCCUUAUUUAAUAUAUUCCGCAAGACGCUGGACAGGAAAAAUGCUGAUGUUUUAAAAAACCCAUGGUUGCUUGAAGUGCAUAUCACCAGUUUGUCGCUACUUGUUUUAAAGUCUUUACAGUAUGACACUUACGGUGUGGUUGCCCGUGAUAUCUCCGAUAUUCUAACUGUUUACUGUGAUACCUACGAUAAACUGAUUGCUUAUAAGCGUAACCCUCCUAUUCACAGCUCUGAUGUGUUUGCAUCCGAACGAACUCAUGAUUUUGACGAUAUGGAUCGAAUUAUUUCAUGCUUGAAAGAUGGUAUUGUUGAAAUUACCGAAAAAUUCCAAGAUUUUUUCUUACAGUUAAACAUUCCAACAAAGGUAGAACGCCGUUGCUGGGUAUUGUAUCGAGGACGAAAUUCAGCUACCUGA